AUGCCUUUACCAGCCUUUGAAUAUGCACAACGGCAAGGAGAAACACCUUCAGAAGCAGUCAUACAUUUCUAUCUAGAAGAUCAACUCAGGAAGUCAAGCAGUACUGUGAAGGAACCUGUCUGGAUACAGGACUAUGUGUGCAAUGGGUCAUUGACAAGCUCAACUUCUAGACCUUCUUGCAAGUAUCCAAUGCAAGAAUACUUGAGCCAUGAUGGUGUUUCAACCAAGUACACAUCUUAUCUUUCCAAAAUCACCAGCCUGAAGGAGCCUAUGAGCUAUGAAGAAGCAACAACAGACCCUAAGUGGGUUGAAGCCAUGGACCAAGAGUUGACUGCCCUCAAAGAAAAUGGAACCUGGUCCUUAGUAGAUUUGCCAACAAGAAAAGUUUCUAUUAGCUGCAAGUGGAUAUUCAAAAUAAAAUAUAAAGCCAAUGGGGAGGUUGAGAGAUUCAAAGUUCGAUUUGUUGAAAAAGGUCACAAUCAGAUUGAAGGAUUUGACUACCAAGAGACCUUCUCUCUUGUAGUCAAAAUGGUAACAGUCAGAGUGGUCCUAGCCUUAGCAGCAACACACAAUUUGAACUUGCAUCAGAUGGAUGUAUACAAUGCAUUUCUUCAAGGUGACCUCAGUGAAGAAGUGUAUAUGUGCCUGCCUCAGGGAUUUCACAGCCAAAGGGGAAAGUAUGUAGGCUGCAUAAAUCCCUUUAUGGAUUGA